GAUGGGUGUUCGACACUCUGAACAACACGCUGUCUGUUGAGCGUGCAAAGUGGGACAAGUGCCAAGCCCUCAUUCUCGCCGCCCCGCAGGCAGAUUCAGACGGAACCUUGCUGGCGCGAGACCUCGCAGCCACCGCCGGUCUGGCCAACCAUAUUGCGGAGGUGUUCCUGCAAGGCAGGCGGCGACUGUAUCAUGUCUGGGCGUCGCUGAACGCAGCAAACGUGUACGCGCUGUGGGCUUGCCGCCCAGCGGCGAACCCCGUUGUCCACUUGAGCCCCGACGCGCGCGAAGCUUUGAGGUGGUGGCACCGCGCUCUGGACCGCGCCCCGGAGCGACCGCUGCACAGUGAAGCUGGGCAGCUUUCGCUUUGGGGGCCGAAAUCCCCCGAGUUCCAAGAUUGGCGUCGCUUGGCGGCUGCCGGCUGCCUGCGCGCCAUAGAAACUGACGCCAGCAAGCUGCGCGGAUGGUCAUAUAAUUUGUGCAGCGCUGGCGUGGUCAGGUCCGGCGUUUGGCCGGCAGGUUUCGCAGAUCUCGCAGACAACGCAGACGCGAUAAAUUUUAAAGAGUUGUGGGUCGCGGUCCAGGCCGUUCAGGCAGAACCCGAAUGGUUGCGCGGAUGGCGCGUCGUGUUUCGAAUUGAUAACACGGCCGCCAUCCAUUGCGUGAACUUCCGCUCCGGUCGCAUACCGCACCUCGUGCAGUUGGCCGAGGAAUUCGAGCAUGCAGAACGCUCGGCCGGGUGCUGGUGUUUGGCCGUGCACUUGGCGGGCGCAGCGAAUGUCAUCUCGGAUUCCGGUUCCCGAGACUCAGCAUUUGCGUCUCGAUGGAAUGCAGACCCUUUCCGCGAGGCUGUGCUGAAAGCGUCGGUGAUGGACCGCAUCACCAACGAAUUCGGCCCAUUUGAUUGCGAUCUUUUCGCGGACCGGCUGGGGGUCACCGCGAAAGCGCCGCUCUGGUUUCACCCCGAGAACACCGCGUUUGAGGCGCACGUGUUAGGAAACAAGGUCUGGGCACACCCGCCCCGCGCCUUGGCAGGGCAUGCCAUUUCGUUCCUGUCCAAGGCACUUGCCGAAGGCAAGUGCCGCGCUGUUUUUUUAGUUGUGCCAGAGGACACCGGAGCACCUUGGUUCCGAUCCUGGCAGCUUAACAAGUGGCGUAGGCUUGCUCGCUGGCAAUCCGGAUCAGAUCUGUUCCGCGCGCCGCGUCCGGACGGCGGUUGGGUCAGAGCCCCAGCCACGGAUCUGCCCAUCCUGCUCUUGGGCCGUUCGGGAAAACAUUCCAACGUGUACUCGUCCGUCCGUUUGCAUUCUCCGCUGCUUCUCGUCCUCUGUCCAUCUCGCGGUCACCUCGCUCAGUCCGACUGCGCGGGUCAUGUCGAUCCCGUCUUCGACGCAGCCGCGCAGGCUCAAGCUGAGGCAACGGCGGAGACGUUCGAGACGCAGAACGGGCACACCGACACGGUGAUCGCUUCCCUCGAGCAGCGCGUCAUAGCCUGCGAGGAGUUCGUAGCCAAGGCUAGCAAGCAAGAGGCUGACCUGGACGCGGCUUUCUCGUGGCGCGAGGUCGAGCGGUCCACAGACGCGCAGGAGUGGUUGGCCGGGUGGAACCGUCUGUUCGUGGACAAAGACUGGCUGGCCAACGUCUCUGCGCAGAUGGCAGACCCAGCAAUGGUCAACGCCGUAUCCGUGUGCAUGGCCAACCCGAACAACCCGGAUGCGCAGAAGAUCAAAGACGCGAUCGGUCUGCGCAACGCCCCCAAGACCACCUUGAGGGAGCUGUGCCUGUCGUCGUUCGGCGGCAGUCCAGACCGCUUUCGCGCGUUCAUGUCGGACAAGGCGGCGGCCCGGGACGACAAGGUUGUCGCCGCCAUCGCCAGGAAGGCGUUGGGCUUCUUCCUCCUGCUCGAGAACCAGCACGUGAACGCAGCCACGGCCAAGCCGACCUCGGCCGCCAAGUUGACCGCCCAGAGGAACGAGAUUAUGCCUCUCUUGUUCGUUACCCUCAAAGCCAUGCGCCGCAAGGCCAAGAAGGCGUCGGCACGGAACAGCCUGGAGCACAUCAUGCUGUGCUCCGAGUUCAGCUUGGACUGGUCUCUGGGCCUCUCGCGCCUCGCCGUCGCCCCCUUCGUGAUGGCUCCGCCCGGCCCCGCCGUCACGGCAGUCGUGACUUCCGGCUCCCCCGAGGGCGCGCCGGGCGCGGUGGGCGGGCCCGCUUGCAAGCGCCUGCGCGCAGACCCAGCCCAGGGCGGCGGCGGGGCGCCGGGGGGCAAGGGCAGCUGGGCGCCGCAGCAGGGACUCCCGCAGCAACACCAGAACCAGCCGAAUUCCUUCGGCCAGAACACCGGCAAGGGCGGCAAACCCCAGGCGCCGGGCACCGGCAAAGGCGGGAACAACAACCACAAGAAGGCCAACGUGACGGCUUUCGUCGACGCCAAGCACCAGGGCUCGCCGGACGACAAGGAGGCGAUCAGGUCCAUCAUGGGCACCUAUUGCCGCCACUGUUUGCUCGGGAGCUGGAGGCUCGUCCAGCGCAGCCGGGCCCAGCGCAGGCAAGAGGGCGGC